AUGGCCAGCAAGUCAUCCCCAUCUUCUUCCUCCUCCUCUUCUUCUUCUUCUUCAUCGUCGUCGUCUUCGUCUCCGCGUGGUUGUCGCCUGCCCUUGGCGCUGCUCGUGUUGAUGUUGGUGCAGGUGGUGAACCGGGGCUUGUGCGCCUACCCACACUGGUGGUCCCUGGCCGUGGGUAACCAGUACGCGGCUCUGGGCUCCCAGCCCGUGCUGUGCGCCUCCAUCCCGGGCCUCGUGCCCAAGCAGCUGCGCUUCUGCCGCAACUACCUGGAGCUGAUGCCCAGCGUGGCGGAGGGCCUCAAGCUGGGCAUCCAGGAGUGCCAGCACCAGUUCCGCGGGCGGCGCUGGAACUGCACCACGCUCAGCGACAGCCUCGCCAUCUUCGGGCCGGUGCUCGACAAAGUCGAUCCUGGAGCACAUGCAGCUCAAGUGCAAGUGCCACGGCCUAUCGGGCAGCUGCGAGGUGAAGACUUGCUGGGGCGCGCAGCCCGACUUCCGUGCGCUCGGCGACCACCUCAAGGACAAGUACGACAGCGCCUCCGAGAUGCUGGUGGAGCGCCACCGCGAGUCGCGCGGCUGGGUCGAGACGCUGCGGCCAAAGUACCCCCUCUUCAAGCCGCCCACCGACGGCGACCUGGUCUACUACGAGACGUCGCCAAACUUCUGCGAGCCCGACCCGGAGACGGGCUCGUUCGGCACGCGCGACCGCGCCUGCAACCUCACCUCGCACGGCAUCGACGGCUGCGACCUCCUGUGCUGCGGCCGCGGGCACAACACGCGCACCGAGAGGCGCAGGGACAAGUGCCGAUGCGCCUUCCACUGGUGCUGCUACGUGAGCUGCCAGGAGUGCACGCGCGUCUACGACGUGCACACGUGCAAGUAGAUGUCUGGGGGAUGGGGGGGGGGGCAAAGGUAGCGGUGUUCACGGCGUGUUGCGGAGGUGCGCGGUUCGGUUUCAACGGGCCACCCCGGUUAAUACUGCUCGGUGCAUACGUGUGUGUGUGUGUGUGGUCGUGCGUUAACCGUACCUGGUGCGGUGUGUAAAAUCAGCUGCCACUGGGGGAGACAAAGGCGGCCGCGCGCGGUGUUGGCCGCCCACCCCCUCGUGCGCCGUGCCGUCCUUCAUAGGUGCCACUCGCUAACAGCACUUGCCCCAACAGUCUGUUAAGGCUAUACGGGGGGUGGGGGUAUUUGUAUCUUUGUGUUAACCGCAUGAGUGCAACGGCGCCCACUGCGUCGCAGUUGGAGGUGAAGAGACGCCGUGGAGUCGUCGUUCUAAAACGAGGAGGGAGCGUGAGGAGGUCACCGCGUGCCGGGCGGAGUGCGCGGUCCACACAUUUGGGCAGAGAGAGGGGAGGAAAGGAAAAAUGAAUUUUUUUUUUAAAUGUACAGCCGAAAAAAAAUUACCUUUUCGAUGUUUGGGAACCCCCACCCCCUAAUAAAUACGGAGCGACGUCGCUGUCUCGGUGGGCACACUCGGACUACGUCCGUCUCGUCUGCAACGCAGCAGCACCCCCCUACCCCCCCCCCCCCGCGUCUUGCAGCAUUCCCGCUCCCCCCUUGCCGCCCCACGAGAAUAGCGCGGAGACCAACCUGUGCCCCGAGUGGCCUUUCCUCAUUGCAGCCUCCCCCCCCGCCCGCGCGGGCCCACUGGGGCCCCCUUGCGUGGCCUUGAGUGCGGCCCCUUCGUCAGUACACAGAUGGUGAAAUCAGCCCUCCACCAUCAUCAUUAUCGUGCUGCUGUCAAACCCUCAGCGGUUUCAAAUGUGCGGUGCGGCCCCUUCGCCCCCUCCCCAGCCCCUCCUGAGAAUGAGUGAAGAUCUCUGCGCUAAAGUAAUUCUUGGCGACGGUGCCCCACGGAGCGGCGGUUGAGGUUUGGAGGCGCCGAGGUGAGCGCCAAGGAGGUUUCGUCACGCGAAGGGUUGCCCGCUGUUGCUGGUUGGGACGGCCGAUGGCGGCGUGAUGGAUACCGAAGCUGUUGUUGGCAACGUCGUCACCAUUGUCACCGCCGCCGCCGCCGCCUCCGCCAUCAUCGUCGUCGUCGUCGUCGCCGCAAUUGUGACUGAAAACGAUGUAUGUUGAACUUCUUUCACGCCGUACGUAGCCGACCGCGAUGUGUGACGAUCAUCGUUAUUAUCAUUACCGCUGUCAUUAACACCAAUACAGAUGUCACAAUCUCUACCGCCACUCAUUCCACCGUUGUCAUCAGCAUCAUCAUCAUCAUCACCACCACUGUCAUCAUCAUCAUCACCACCACUGCCAUCGUCAUCAUCAUUACUACUGCCAUCAUCAUCAUUACAACCAUCAUCACCAUCUUCAUCACCAUUGCCAUCAUCAUCAUUACUACCACUGCCACCAUUAUCAUUAUAAUCAUCAUCGCCGUCUUCAUCACCACUGCCAUCAUCACCAUCAUUACCGCUGCCACCACAAGUACUCUCACCUUCAUUCUAACAAUCAUGAGAAUCAUCAUCCUCAUCAUCAUCGUCGUCGUCGUCAUUCACACCAACGGCCACUGCCACCGUUGUGCCAGGCGCUGGUUUCUCUAGAGACCUCCAGUUUCUUCAUAGAGAUCUGUCCAAUAAAGUUCCUGGAUCGAUUUUUACAGAAAUCCCUUCAGCAAACCGUGGAUUUACUUUCACCGAAGAUCGCUUCGCCUUUGCAGAGAUGUUCUCGUUGCUGUUAAUCUUUCGUGGAGACCUACAUCUUUAAUUUCUCGAUACUUUGUCCAGAAAUCUGAGGACGUCACCUUCCCAUUCGCUGCCUUAAUAAGACACCGGUUCAUUCGAGCGCCUGCAGUUAACACACUCAUCGUUCUCCAUAUAUAUACAUAGCUUGCAGUGAGCGCCGUUUAUUUUCAAAUGUCUCUUAUUUAAAGUAACCUCCUGUCCACUUGCAUAGAGAUCUAUGAAGUGACCCCCAUUGGACUCUUAUUGAGAUUUGUUAAAGUGAACCCAAUUGAUAUCUCUUAAGCGAUCUCCUAUUCACUGUCAUUGGAAUCCACCUCCUGUUCACUCUCACUGACAUCUGAUGACUUCCGUUCACCGUCACAUUGAGAAUGCCCCGGAGUUUUACUCCAAGAGACCUCGACAAACGACGCUCCAUUCCCAACUCCUCCCGAAACUCUUCAUGCCGGGUUUGGCCGGCGGCUCCAUUUGACGGCCGAACCAGCGGAGGACAUUCCACGUUAGUGUGGCGUGAAGGGACAGGGGGUGGGUGGGUGGGAGGUCGAACCCGCCCGUGAGACAUCUUCUAAAGCGGUGCCACGGAGGGUUAUGAUCGGUCCGCACCUUGCCGCCCGCCCUCCUCGGUCAGGAUGUGAACUCGUGACCUUUCACCCUCGCGGGGCCUCGCACUCUGACCCCCCCCCCCCCACUCACCUUCCACCCCCCCCCAACCGGCCUGAGAGAGAGAACAGCAAAACUCCACUGCUAAAUGUGUCUAGUUGGUAGCGUUUACUUAAUUGUUAAUGUGUUAUGUCCUAAAACCUCUAUAAUAAAAGCACGUAUUUAUUGAACAUAAUGUAUAUAUAUGCGUUUAAAAAAAAGGGGUGGGGGGAGAGGGGGGGCCACGCAAGACAAGAAAGGGCCAAGGGCUCUGUCGAGACGAGAUGCGCGC